AGCUGCGAACACUUCUUACUCCACCGGACCACAAACUCUGUCCUGCGUAAACUUACACGAUCAUCUUCUUCGUUUUAUUCUUCGCCACACGCUAUUUAUACUUCGACGGCAACGAUAGUCUUUAGCCUACCAUUUCGAGUAAAAAAUAAAUAAAUAAAUAAAUAAAUGUCGCUCAUGGAUUUAAACAACACACGGAUGCGGGAACACACUUCAGUCCUGAAGUGCUGAAAGAGCUUCGUCUGGAAGAAUGAGACGUGCUUCAGUGAGAUAAUGGUUUCAUAUAUCAGUGGACAGUGGUGGAGAUGGAAGUUCUGGAAUGUUCUCCAAGUCACAAUGUAUCUGAUAUGCACUGCGAGAACAGGGGUGAUGAGCUGCCAGGGGGAUUGUAUUUCAACACUCACGGCAUCAAGUGGGAUCUUCACAUCGCCAUGCUACCCGAGUGACUAUCCAGCUAGCCAGACAUGCAUGUGGACAUUGCAGGCUCCGGCCGGCUUUGUCUUGCAGCUCACCUUUCUUGACUUUGAGCUGGAGGAGGCACAAGGCUGUGUCUAUGACAGCAUUACUGUCAACACUGGCACAAGCAGCAUGAAGUUUUGUGGCCUUACGGCCAACGGACUCACGCUCAACUCCAGCACUAAUGCCAUGGUGGUGUCGUUUCACUCUGACUUUAGUGUCCAGAAGAAAGGCUUCAGUAUCAGUUACAGACAAGUUGCAGUGGCAUUAAGAAACCAGAAAGUGACCUUGCCUCAGAAUUUUAAAGAUGUGGUGCGUGUGUCCAGCUCUGUGUCCUUCCCAGCACUGAGUCAGUUCACAGCCUGCUUUGAGAUUGCUAGUCAGUCGCAGCCAUCAUCAGGGAUCAUCUUCUCUUACAAAAACAGACCCCAUUCAGCCCCUUACUUAACCUUUGGCAGCAUCGGGAACAGCAUGGACCUAAUCAUAGGCAAUGUCACAUGUUCUGUCAGCGAUCUGUUCAGAUUAGAUGACUUUACCUCAAACAUGCAGAUGUUCUGCAUCAUCUGGUCAAACACAAAUGGAUCUGUGGCUGUGUACUUCAAAGGCAAAUACCGGGAAAAAUUCUGUUCCAACUCUGUUGGCAUGAAAACAGAAACCGGAGGUUUCUUUGAGCUUGGCAGGGGAGAAGAGCAGGCCCAAAACUUUAAUGGCCUCAUCUACAACUUCCGUCUGUGGAGUUCAGCCAUGACCUUCUCUGAGCUUUCUACACUUACCUGCCAUUCUGUGGGAAAUGUGGUAGACUGGGACAACAGCUUCUGGGACAUCCCGGGUUCAUACGCUCAAACUGACCCCAGUCUCAGCUGCAGUACUGCCGUGCUGGCUACCACUUCCCAAACCACCAGCUGUGUAUUCCCUGGAGUAGGCUGCCCAGCAUCUCUAACUACUACCUUAUCCACUGUCAACACUAACACCAUUCCUACUAAUGCAAGACCUAAUGAUCUUUCUCUAACCCUUUCCUCCACCACCACUCCUAGCAUUUCUUUAACUUCAACCACUGUUAAAGCUACUACAUCUGCUCCAACUUAUUCACCAACCACCAUCAGCACUCCUACUGUGGCUGUUACUAACCCAUUUUCCAACCACACAAAAAAUGAUUUUACCUACUACAGGAUUUCUCUGACUGUAUCAAAUGACCCCAACAUCACAGAUAAAUCUAUAGCACAAUGGUUAAACCAAACCUUCCAGAACUGGAACCACACUAUUUAUGUAACUAAUGUCAGCAUUCCACCUAGCGCUGACUCCUCCAGUGCUACAAGCAAUAGAUUUUCCUGUAAGGCACUACUGGUGUACACAAACACUACAGGCAAAUUUCUUGCAGACGCUGACAUCAUGAACAGGCUGAAGAGUGACUCUAAGGCCAGCUUUAUGUUGGAUAACAUCACUAUAAACACAAUUGAGAACUGUGAGGCUGAAGAAACACCACUGCACUAUAAAUGGCCAGAGAGCAGACCAUCAGUGACUCAUUUCAUUCCCUGCUUCCCGUACAAGGAGCAAAAUGCAUCUAGGACAUGCAUGAUCAGCAUGGAAAAUUAUUUAUCUAUUUGGGACCAGCCAGAUCUCAUAAACUGCACAGAUAUCGAAGACAUUGAAGUUUCACAAGAAAACGCUGUGGAGGUAGCUGUUCAACUUGCUGACAUCACAAACAAUGAGCUUUCGACUGAGGAACUGUUUAAGGUUGUUACUCUGGUAACCAAGCUGGUGAAUGUGGCCCGAAUUAACAUCACCUUGGCUUCCACGGUGGUCACCAUCAUUUCCAACAUGAUGAUCAGCUCCGAGGCUGUGCAGCUGGCUACGUCAGAAAUGGCACUGAAAACCAUGGACAAGCUUGUACAGAAGAUUGAGUUUGAUGGUCCUUCCUUGACCAUAACGUCCAAGAACCUGGCAGUGGGAAUCUCGGCCAUCAACACCAGCAGUUUUAGCGGAGCCAACUUCAGCGCCUUUAUGGCUGUGAAUUCCUCUGACCAUCAGAUUGAUUUUGAGUCAGAGCUCGAUAACUCCUUAGCCAGUGUCUUGCUUCCUGCAACUCUGCUUCAUAACCUGAGUGAGGCUGAUGUUGAAAUGAUCUCCAGAAUUACCUUUAUGUUCUUCAGGAAAACAGGGCUCUUCCAGGAUCAGCAGAAUAGCGGCCUGUCCUUGAACAGUUACGUGGUGGCUAGCAGUGUGGGAAACUUCUCUAUUAGUAAUCUUAAAGAUCCGGUGCAGAUAGAGAUCGCCCACCUGGAGGAUCAGUGGCAUCAAAAUCGAUUUUGUGUGUUCUGGGAUUUCAGCAAGGACAAUGGUACUGGAGGCUGGAACAGUGAGGGAUGUCAAGUCAGCCCUAAGUCCAACAGCAACAAAACAAUCUGUCUGUGCGACCACUUAACACAUUUUGGUGUCCUUAUGGACCUGAGUGGAGCUGCAGCACAUAUAAAUGCAAGGAACACAAAGAUCCUCACCUUUAUCACAUACAUCGGCUGCGGCAUCUCAGCAAUCUUUUCAGCUGUAACGAUGCUAACUUACAUUGCCUUUGAGAAACUACGACGAGAUUACCCAUCCAAGAUCCUAAUGAACCUGAGUACCUCUCUACUCUUCCUUAACAUGACGUUCCUCCUGGAUGGAUGGCUCGCUUCAUAUGACAUGCAGGGUCUUUGCAUGACCGUAGCUGCCUUCCUGCACUUCUUUCUGCUUACAUCAUUCACCUGGAUGGGUCUUGAGUCUAUCCACAUGUAUAUCGCCCUAGUUAAGGUCUUUAACACCUACAUCCGGAGGUACAUUCUCAAGUUCUGCAUAGUUGGAUGGGGUUUUCCAGCUGUAAUUGUAGCCCUUGUGCUGGCUGCUGACAAAACAUCCUACGGAAAGGAGUUUUAUGGCCAAGGAGGAAAUGGCCAAGGAUUUUCUGAAUUCUGCUGGAUUCAAAGUGAGGUUGUGUUCUACGCAACAUGUGUGGCCUACUUUUGCAUAAUCUUCCUCUUAAACAUGGCCAUGUUCAUCGUGGUGAUGAUGCAGAUCUGUGGAAGGAACGGAAAGCGCAACAACCGUACGCUUCAGGAGGAGGUCUUGAGGAACCUGCGCAGUGGCAUCAGUCUGACCUUCUUGCUUGGCAUGACCUGGGGCUUUGCCUUCUUUGCCUGGGGCCCUGUCAGUCUGGUCUUCAUGUACCUCUUCUCCAUUUUCAACUCCCUGCAAGGGUUGUUCAUCUUUCUAUUCCAUUGUGCUCUGAAAGAAAAUGUACAGAAGCAAUGGAGAAGAUAUUUAUGCUGUGGAAAGCUACGCUUGGCAGACAAUUCAGACUGGAGCAAGACUGCCACAAACAACACCAAGAAGGUGAGCUCUGAUAACAUCGGAAAGUCACUGUCUUCCAGCUCAUACAGAUCCAAUACAGCCAACUGGGUGGCCAAAGCUAGGGUCACUCUAAACCCUUUUGCAAAGCGACACAGCAGUUCAGGUAAAACAUAUUCAAGCCAGGCUAACCAGAAGUGCAGCACUUCCAAUUCGGAUGCCUCAACCUCUUCCAUUUUGCCCGUUCACCAAGUUCUGGACAAGGUGAAAGGCUACUGUUCUGUGCGCUCGGACAACUUCUACAAAAACAUCAUCUUGUCUGACAACUUUAGCCACAGCACCAAGUUUUAGAAGAAGAUAGAUGCAGGCAAUGCCUUAUGUCUGAUGUGUAUAGUGUAUCAUAGCGUGCUAACUAUCGACACAUAGAGAAUUGCAGAAUAAAUGACAUAGAGAAUUGCAUAAUCCUUUAAACAGGAAGGAAGUAUAUUUUACAUACUGUGAUGUUCAAACUGACUUAUUUUCUGUUUUUGUAAAUAUUCAUGGUAUUUUUCACUUUGUUGGUUUUUUUAUUCUAAUUUUUUUUUUUUCUUUGAACAUCAUUUUAAUAUUGCAUUCGAGUCUGCUUUUGUAUAUACACAGCUGUUUACAUUUAUUUAUAUUGCUAUACUGCUUUGUUGGAAAUAAACAUUUGCAGGUCAAUUUUU